CCUUCUUUAGGCCCUUUUAGAUCUGCGGUGCUAAUACUACAUCGUUUCAGUUCAGUCGCGACAUCCAAUCUCCAUUGCCGAAAAAUUUCACGCCAACGCCCCCAAUUUCUGAAAUUUCUCUUCCAUCAUUUCGAAGAGCUUUUUGAGAAGAGGAUCAGCUCAGGACUGAUGGGAAAAGCAUCAAGGGACAAGCGGGAUAUUUACUACAGGAAAGCCAAAGAAGAAGGAUGGCGUGCACGAAGUGCCUUCAAAUUGCUUCAGAUUGAUGAGGAAUUUAACAUAUUUGAAGGGGUAAAGCGUGUGGUAGAUUUAUGCGCAGCACCUGGAAGCUGGAGCCAGGUUUUGAGUCGAAAACUAUACCUGCCAUCAAAGCUGUCACCUGAUUCCAAGAAUGGUGAUCUACCACUUAUUGUGGCAAUAGACUUGCAGCCUAUGGCUCCUAUUGAAGGUGUUAUUCAAGUUCAAGGGGACAUUACAAAUGCAAGAACAGCUGAAACUGUAAUUCGACAUUUUGAUGGGGGCAAGGCUGACCUUGUUGUGUGUGAUGGGGCACCUGACGUAACUGGCCUGCAUGACAUGGAUGAAUUUGUUCAGUCCCAACUCAUUUUAGCGGGACUUACCAUAGUUACUCACAUACUGAAAAUAGGUGGAAAGUUCAUUGCCAAAAUAUUUCGAGGCAAGGACACUAGUCUCCUUUAUUGUCAGCUAAAAUUAUUCUUCACGGAGGUCACAUUUGCUAAACCGAAAAGCAGUCGCAACUCAAGCAUAGAGGCUUUUGUAGUUUGCGAGAAUUACUCGCCUCCCGAAGGAUUUAACGGAAAAGAUCUACACCGACUCCUGGAGAAAAUUGGAAGUCCUUCGGGUGCCGAUGAUCUAGAUUGUAGCAGUGGGUGGCUCGAAGGGCCGAACAAGGUUUAUAUUCCCUUUUUGGCGUGUGGUGAUCUCAAUGGUUACGACUCAGAUCGUUCGUAUCCACUUCCUAAGUCCGCUGAUGGAACUUACUGGAGCUUGGAUCCGGUACAACCUCCUAUUGCACCACCGUACAAGCGUGCUUUGGAGUUGAAGAAAGCUGCAAAUCAUGGGACUCAAGAAAUCGAUAUAAUCCUCGAUGGUCUCAGCCCUCUGACAAUAGAAUGCUUCUGCAUACGACCGUGAUUUUGCUAGGCUGGCCGAUGACGAAACCCGGCCAGAGUGUUUUUUCCUGGCCGGGAUUGCCGGUAGGGCUUUUGACACUUUUGCCCCUACGUUUUUCUGAAGAAAUUACGCAGCGAAAAUAUUCACGACCCGUUUGGCUGCCGGAAAAUCCAUAUCCUUAGUAUCGCUCUGUUCAGGCUGCUGGCGCCGUCAUGUGUUUGGUUUCAGAGAGAUGGAGUUGGUAAUAGUGAAAGCGGUAUUUAUUAGGAAGAAUGAAAAUAAAUUGCAUUGUAAAAAAACUAAAAACUAAAAAGGAAAAAGAAAAAUAUCUAGCAAUUUUUUAAAGGAAACAUUGAUGUCGUCACAUUUGUGCACUAUUUCAUGUGAGACGACAUUUCGAAAUUUGGUUGAUUCUACAUGCCUAAUUUGUAUAAGACAUUUUUUUUUUUAAAAAAAGUGAUUACUGUAAAUUUGUAUUUAUUGUGGAUCCAUAAAUUAUCA